UUCUCCAGACAGAUCGUUCAGAUUCCGAAAUAAUUGGCUAUGCUUUGGAUACGCUCUACAAUAUCAUUUCGAAUGAUUUGGAAGAAGAGGAACAAGAUGAUUCUGAAGGUAAAGCAACCUGAAUUUAUAUUAGCAUGGUGUGUCUUUAGCCAUAGUUCUAAGCAUUAACUGACUCACAGCACCAUUAAUCGGUUUUUAAAAGGAUACUGUGUAGAUAGACUUUUGCAAGUGUUUUAGCCCUCUCUUCUUACACUUUCAAAUUUUGCAACUGUUUCGGGCCCUUUCAUGUCAAAGGGGAGCCAUGUGACUGCUCAAAUUGAUAACUGAUGGAGAGAAAUGUGUCUUGCAACGUUAGAUACUGAAUUAAAAUACACCUGAAAUACUAUUCCAUUUGUUACUAAGAUUGUUGAGUUCAUUAUGAAGGGGGCAAUAUGAAAUUGCAGAAUUGCAAAUAUUUUAUAGCAAUUGAAGUUCAAAAGUAUAUUUUUGCAGUGUCCUUUUUAAACAACGCUGUGUACAUGAGCAUGCAUCUUAACAGCACUUUGAUUCCAAGGUCCACUUGGAAUCAUGUCGCAGGCAUCUUCUGUAAUAAAAACUUUUAUAUCAAAUGACUAAUCUUAAAAUACUUCAUUGCAAUACUGUACUGAUGAUGUCAAAUUCAUUGUAACCUGGUUAAUAGCAUAAUGGUUAAUAGUAUAAUAUUGAUAUGCACAUGAGGCUUUCUUACUAUUAACAUAUUGUUUUGCCCGUAUCCUUUCCUGGAUUUUCUCUUGUCGGUUUAUUUCAACAUUUUGGAAGAUAAGGAAUAUAAUGUUGGAAUAUGGCAUUGGUAUAUUGGUUGGGUUUUAGCCAGUGCUAGUCCUACUCAGAGUAGACCCACUGAAGUUACUUUACAUGACUGACUUGGGUUGAUUAAUUUCACUGCGUCUAUCGGUGUGUAGAACUUGGUUGGCUACAGCCCACUGGAUUCGAUGUCAACUUCGAUGAUCAGUGUCUUCAAAGCUGGAAAAAAAAUUGAUGGCAUCGAGGAACUUUAACUUUCAGAUUGGUGUGUCCAGUGGGACAAAUGGACAAAAUUGCAUGCUUCCAUUGUGGCUGUGGCUGCCAACACUGUCCUCACUCUCCUCCUCUGGCAGCCCCUUCCUGGAUUUUCCCUAGCUCUUAACUAGCACAAACAGAGCGACUGGAGGAGUGGAGCAGAUUGAAGAGAGGCUUGACCUUCUGAGGUUAAAGAAGGGUUAUGGCUAGCAGGAAAGAAGAUUUGCCUGAGGAAUAGAGGUUAAAAGGAGCUAGAGGCGAUAAGAAGGAAAAUAGGAUGAUGGCUCCUCCUGAACCUGGUGCAACUUAGAAGAUCAGAGAUGAGGCUUCAGGGGAGCAGAGUCUGCCUAACAAGUCUCAAAGUGAACUAGGUAGAGAUGUAGCCCAGCAAAAAAUAAGUAAGUAGAGACACGGCCAAGCCAAAAGGGCGAGGUCCACUUUCCUAACUCCUGGAAAGCCUAUCUCUUAAGUUGCCAUUGGAAGACCAAAGUCCCGCAACUAGACAAGAAAGCAAUAGCUAACAAGAGGACUGAAAAAAGGGAGAAGUACAUACUGCUUGAAGUAAAAAUGCUGUCUAGAAGCAUACAACUUGCCUAUAACAACCUGCAAGAAGAAAUAAUGGCCUUCAGCACUUCAGACUCUAUUCUCAGGUGUGCUGGCUGGGAGCCAGUGGGCCUGGCCUUCAUAAUUCCUAUGUAUAAAUUGCUGAACACCUUAUUUGGAAAGGUUAUACCAGCCGUCUCCGAUUCUAUACCAUACACGUGGUCAAAAUUGAGAGGUUCCCCUUCCAUAUUGAAGAUCAUGCUGCUGUUUCUUCUCCAUUGAGAAUGAGGAAUUAGCUGACACGAAUGGGAAGCUGUGACUAGGACAGGCCACAAGUAUAGCAUUGUCCAAAUUGCAUAAAAUAUUUGGGCUUAGUUUAAUGAUAUGUUACGGCUGAGCCAAGCCAUUCUGUCAUUGCUGUCAUUGGUGUUCAUGGAGGGAUGUCCCCAGUAGGCUUUUAUGAUACAAAACUCACUAUUUUCUCUUCAUAGCAAGAUAUACAUGGAAUGGGAUAAGUUUAAAGUCAAAGGAGCCUUGGAUUCCUCUUCCAGUAGCAGAGCAAGAGUAUAUAGCUCAGUUAAGCCACAAGAGCUAAUAAAUGGGCAGUUUUUCUUGCACCUGUUUAUAUUAAAAAACACAAGACAAUGUUUCUCCAAUGCUUCAGAAAUAAAGGAAGUUCUACAAAUUGGGAAUGUUCUUUACUUGUGAAUAUGUAUCCAAAAUGUGAAUCCCUCCUAUGGCAAAUAGGAUGUCACUUUUGUACGGUGAUUUUUUCUUCAUGUGGAGUUGAGUCCCACAUGCAUGUUUUGUGCCUGCACGGUGCAACAUUUGGAAUCUGGGCAAUGAAACGCUUUGGCAGCAGGCCUGUCCCCAGCCACAACUCAGAUCACGGUUGCUUAGAACUUUCUCUUCAUUUUGAGCUUUUUUAAAUAUUAUUUUUAAACAACCUCCCCCUCCUUUUUAUUUAUUUAAGCUUUUUCUCUUUCAUUUUGCAUUUUACUUUACCUUGGUACCAUGUGUCUGCUGUGAUAGUAAGUAAGUUCCCCGUUUGUUCAGAUCACAGCUGUUAUCUGUCCUGUCUGGGGUGGCAGAUACUUGCCACAAAUUCAUGAGACAGGCUUGCUGCCAUAGUGUUGGGCAAUGCUAUGGGAGCAGGCCCUCUCUCUGGUAGACACAGGCCCCUUUAGUGCUACCUAAGUGAAUGUGCCCUGUUUUGGCAUCACUGUUUUUACUACUGCCAAUUGAGGGAGUUGAAUGGACUUCCGUUCUGGGAGUUGAAUGGACUUCCGGAACGGAUUAAGUUCGACAACCAAGGUACCAGUGUGUUCAUUUUCUCUCUCUGAAUUUUUUUUAAAAAGCAACUGUUCCAAGAUAAGCUACAUUUUCAUACUUCACUGCAGGGAACUGUACAUGUGAUCUCAUAUUAAAGGUAUCAUCCUUUGAGUAUGGUUUUGCUGAGUAUGAAGGUGCAUUUCCAUCAUACUGUAUUUGCCGUGUAAAGCAUUGUACAUCUCGAAUACCUGUAAUUGUGUUUGUCAUGAACAUGCAAUUAUUAACACAUUGCCUCUGAGGAAGCAAAGUGGAGGCCUCAGUUUUUCUUUCUGCGUGUCACAUCACUGAAUACAUAUGCUAUUUAUAGGGGAAUGAUGUAGAAAAUAAAUUAUUGUGGUGGACAAAAAACAAAGCUCUUGUCUGGGUGAUGUAAACCAAGCAUGUCCAAAUUCUGUUUUGGGGGCUUAAUGUGACCCGCCGAUUGAUUUAAUCUGGUCCUUGUGGCAGUAUAUGUCCUGGUGCAAAUUUCUAAAAAAAGUUCAACGACUUUGGUCGGCCCUCACGCAUGUUCAUGUAAUCAAAUCUGGCCCUCUUUGAAAAUAGUUUCGGCACAGUUCAAAGUGAAAGAUUAUACUAGCUAAAUGUGCAAAGUACAUUGCUAAACAAGACCCCUGAUCUCUUAGAUGCCUUUUUCUUGAUGUGAGCUUCAAGAAGAACUUCCCCUGCUGCCACCGAAUGUGAGAUGCUCCCAAAUUUGCUGCAAGCAGAAGCAUGGCCCAUGCAAUGGGGUCAGUGGUGGGUCAGACAGCAGAAUCCUACAAAAGAAAAUUCACAGAAACAGACAGAAGACCUUGGAAGUCAAUUUACAGAGCUUUUCAUUAAACAGCAAGACAAUAUCACUCUUCUGCUGACCUAUUUGGAGGAAUUUGAUUUUCACGUCCGGUGGCCUGGAGUGAAACUUCUUACAGUGCUAUUAAAACAGCAGGGGCCCCAAGUGCAGCAGAUAAUACUAGUCAGCCCCAUGGGCGUCUCAAGGCUGAUGGACCUGCUAGCAGAUUCUAGAGAGGUCAUACGGAAUGAUGGUGUCUUGUUACUUCAGCAGUUGACAAAAAGUAAUGCAGCCAUCCAGAAAAUAGUCGCUUUUGAAAAUGCCUUUGAGAGGUUGUUGGAUAUCAUAACGGAGGAGGGAAACAGUGACGGAGGCAUAGUUGUGGAGGAUUGUCUUCUCUUGCUGCAAAAUUUGUUGAAGAACAACAAUUCCAAUCAGAAUUUCUUUAAGGAAGGUUCCUAUAUUCAGCGCAUGAAGCCGUGGUUUGAAGUCGGUGACGACAAUGCUGGGUGGUCAGCUCAGAAAGUAACCAAUCUUCAUCUGAUGCUCCAGCUGGUCCGAGUGCUGGUUUCCCCCACGAAUCCCCCUGGUGCCACGAGCAGUUGUCAGAGAGCCAUGUUUCAUUGCGGGUUGCUGCAGCAGCUUUGUACGAUCCUGAUGGCAACUGGAGUUCCGGCUGAUAUUCUUACUGAGACCAUUAACACUGUGUCGGAGGUCAUUCGCGGGUGUCAAAUGAAUCAAGACUACUUUGCUUCAGUAAAUGCACCUUCAAACCCACCAAGGCCUGCAAUUGUAGUACUCCUUAUGUCGAUGGUGAAUGAAAGACAACCAUUUGUGUUGCGUUGUGCAGUCCUGUAUUGUUUCCAGUGCUUCUUGUACAAGAACGAGAAGGGGCAAGGAGAAAUUGUGUCAACACUUCUACCUUCAACCAUUGAUGCGACUGGGAAUUCCGUCUCGGCUGGACAGCUGCUCUGUGGAGGACUCUUCUCUACAGACUCUCUUUCCAACUGGUGCGCGGCUGUGGCACUGGCCCACGCCUUGCAAGAAAACGCCACUCUGAAAGAACAGCUGCUAAGAGUGCAGCUGGCAACAAGUAUUGGCAACCCUCCAGUGUCCUUACUCCAACAAUGCACCAACAUUCUGUCUCAGGGUGAUAAGAUCGACAGACGGGGAAGCAAAGUGCAGACAAGAGUUGGAUUAUUAAUGCUGCUUUGUACCUGGCUAAGCAACUGCCCCAUUGCUGUCACACAUUUUCUGCACAAUUCGGCCAAUGUUCCAUUUCUGACAGGACAGAUAGCGGAAAACCUUGGAGAAGAGGAGCACUUAGUCCAAGGGUUGUGUGCUCUCUUACUAGGAAUUUCCAUUUAUUACAACGACAACUCACUCGAGAAUUAUAAGAAGGAGAAAUUAAAGCAACUGAUAGAAAAGAGGAUUGGCAAGGAAAACUUUGUUGAGAAAUUGGGAUUCAUCAGCAAACAUGAAUUCUAUUCCCGAGCAGCUCAGAAACCUCAGCCAAGCUUUUCUAGCCCGGACCAUAUGAUGUUUGAUCAUGAAUUUACUAAACUGGUAAAGGAGCUAGAGGGCAUUAUAACAAAGGCAGUUUAUAAGUCUAGUGAAGAAGAUAAACAGGAAGAGGAAGUGAAGAAGUCCUUAGAACAACACGACAACAUAGUGACACGCUACAAAAGCAUCAUUAGAGUUCAGGAUCAGGAGCUUGAGGAAUUGAAGAAACAAGUAGAAUCUAUAAAAGUUCAAAAUGAGCAGCUUCAGACAACAGUCACACAGCAAAUGUCGCAGAUUCAGCAACACAAGGACCAAUACAAUCUCCUUAAAGUACAGCUAGGAAAAGACAACCAGCAUCAUAGUUCCCAUGGCGAUGUGGCUCAAAUGAAUGGCGUUCAGCCGGAAGAAAUCAGCAAAUUGCAAGGGGAGAUAGAAGAAUGGAAACACAAGCUUGAACUGUUGCAGGAACAACUGAAGGAACGAGACUCUUUGAUUGAAACCUUGAAGCUUUCGCCUGCAGCAGGAGGAACAACAACAGAGCAGUCUUCGCAAACGAACAAACCGAGUGGCCCAGAGGUUGACACAGAACUAUAUAAAGAAGUUGAAACCCUGAGGGCCCAAACCCAGUCGCAGUCCACCGACAUUAUUAAACUUCAGAGUGAAAAGCAAGAACUGCUUCAAAAACUGAGUGUGACCCCAGUUCCUGUAUCAGGAGACAAUGGCACCAUUAUGGUAGCAAAGACAGCUGACUUGGAAAGAAGGCUCUCGGCGCUCUUGCAAGAGAAUAAAGAACUAAAGAAUGAAAUUGCGGCCCACGGGGACGAAAAGGCGUCACUGAAACAGCAGCUGGACUCAUCCAACAGUACAGUGGCUAUUUUGCAAAACGAGAAAAGCAAGCUACAGAAAGAAGUCGCAGAAUCUAAGAAAGAACAGGACGAUCUCCUGGUGCUCCUGGCUGAUCAGGAUCAGAAAAUAAUUGCAUUAAAGGAUAAACUCAAGGAGCUUGGAGAAUCGGUUGAAGAUGACGAUGAACUGGAAUCUGGCGACCAAGGGGAGGAAGAUGAAGGGGAGGAUGAGGAAGACGACGAGGAAGAUAAUUAAGCUUUAUUGUGUCAAAUAUGGGAAUCCUGUACUGCAUUAUAAAAAUAAAUGUUGAUGGCCUUGUGAUGCAAAAUACCUGGUUAAAGAAGCGGAAGGAUCACUAGUCCUGAGUUUCUGAUGUGAAGUUGAAAAAUGCUUUGUAGCUGAAACAGAAGUCUCCCGUUUUAAGUUUUACACGCACAUCCGAACCAAAUUGUUAACACACUAGGAGCUGUUUUAGAUGCUUUCCAGAAGCAUUGGCGGUAACAGUUUGGUUAACCAAGCGUGUUGGCAUUUGCAUAUGUUCCAUGUGUUUGUCAUUAUCUAAUUUGGAUCUUCGGUGUGAUUAAAUGUGGUAUGUAUAUGGUUUAACAUCUGUUGAAUGAAAUCAUUGCUUCCUGUAUUCAGCAUGGAGAGAACUCAAAUUAUUACUGGAGUGUAUGGGGACUGGCAAGUUAAGGGUUUUUUACCUUUUGGCUGCUUGUCGUGGGUUUUUGAGUGAGAGGAACUGUACAGCAUUGAGUGCCUUGCACCUGAAAUGGCUGCGUUCUGUACCUCAGAAGAAAAAGAGAAACCGAAUCAACUUGGGAGGGAUUUCCGUAGACAAAUAGCAGCAUUUGGUAGCAUAUUAAAGCAGAUUUUUUUUAUUCUUAGCAAAAACCCAUGCAAAAGUUUUUAAGAUGCUACCAGAUUAUCACGUUAAAAACAAGCCUUUUGUUCUAUUAUUAAAAUCACAUACUGAUCAAUUAUAAUUUAUUGACUUUUGCGCCCAAUAGGUAAGAUUUUUUUAAAAAGAGAAAUUAAGUGCAGUUGCUGCAUCAACUUGCUGUUUUGGUAAUAAAAAUAGAUGCUAUAACUAUUUAGUAUUCAUUUACUUGGUUUACUUCUGACUGCUUUAAAUCAUGUUUCUUGAAUGCUGCUGUAUUUGGAAUAGUCUUAAUUUUU